AUGGGUUGCUGUGGUUGCGGGGGCUGUGGUGGCGGCUGCGGUGGCCGCUGCGGUGGCCGCUGCGGUGGUGGCUGUGGCGGGGGCUGUGGCGGGGGCUGUGGCAGCUGCACCACCUGCAGGUACUACCGGGUGGGCUGCUGCUCCGGCUGCUGCCCCUGCUGCUGCGGCUGCUGUGGGGGCUGCUGCAGUGUCCCCGUGGUCUGCUGCUGCCGCCGCCCCUGUAGCCGUGGCUCGUGUGGCUGUGGCUGCGGGAAGGGCUGUUGCCAGCAGAAGGGCUGCUGGGAGAAGCAAUGCUGCUGCUAGGAGGGCAGCCGGCUCCUGGGGUAAGAGAUGCUGGAAGUUUUGCUCAGGCCGUUUGGUAAGACUUUCCUUCAUCACUCCUGUCUGCUUUCUCCGUGCCCACCCUACCCAAAUGUCUUGGAACUGAUCAUCUUGUUCUUUGUGUAUCUAAUACUCUGAAGUUUCAGAGUUGUUCCCCACCUCCCAACACCCCGUCACAGUGAUACCAUGACUACAUCAAAUUGUACUCUAUCUUCCAGAAUUUAGCAUCUGGGAGGUAUAUAUUCUCUGUAAUCUUGUCUCCAUUUGGAAAAGAGAUGAAGGACCAUGAUAUAUUACAACAUUAGGGUUGGGAGCAUAGCCAUCCCUGUGAAAAUCUACUAAGAGUUUAACAAAAUAAAAUCAGA